UUGUAUCAGAAACUUUAUUGACACCGAUUUUUGGACAAACAACAGUGUGUCCUUCAGUCCAGGUUGUUUUUGAUGCCCUUCUGAAACCAAGAAUCGGAGUCGGUUUGAAAGGAAAGCGUUCUUUUGUGGACCAUGGCGGCGAAGAUUUUCCCUCUCAUCAAACUGGCCACGAAGGUGACUAUCGCAGGAGGGGCUCUUUACGUCGCCUAUGAUUCCGGGCUCCUGGGCACCAGCGAGCAGGGCUCCGAAGCUUUGGGGCGGGCCCGAUCGGCCAUACCACCCGCUUUGGAGGAGUGGAUGAAGUAUUUUGGCUUGCAGGCUCAACUUCCAGCAGUACCCAAAGUUGAAUUCUCUCCGGUCCAAGCUUGGAAUUCUGGGGUGAGAACGUCCAUUUCAGCUCUGUCGGAGGCGCCAAGAAAAGCAAGCGAAUAUUCCACUCGGGGCUUGCAAUAUGUUAAAGACCUAACCAAGUGAACAGUAACACAUCCAAGCGUCUUUAUCACUAAGUUUGCACGUGACGGACUUGUUCUAAAGAGUUGCAGCCUGUUGAGCAGGGGUGGGGAAGAUUCUACCAUGCACACAGUCAUGCAAUUCUAAAUAAGAUAAUUUAUUUAG